AACAUGGCCAACCUUUGGUUUCAUUUUUUCUUCUCGAUGUUCACAAUACUUUGCUAUCUCAUCAUCUCCCCAACUUUAUGUCAAACCAAUUUCACCAAAAACGAUGAAUUAGCACUUCUUGCUUUCAAAAAUUCUGUGGGAGACCCAUUCAAUCACUUGGCUAAUUGGUCCAACUCUUCUUUCAUUUGCAAUUGGGUUGGGGUUACUUGUGAUGCUAACGGCGAGAGAGUAAGUGUAUUGAAUCUUGCUGACACGAGUCUCAAGGGUACCUUACCUUCACAAGUGGGGAAUUUGUCCUCCCUUGUUGAACUUGACCUUCAUAGUAACAACUUUCAUGGUGAGUUACCAAAGGAGUUGCUGCAGUUACAUAAGUUGAAAAUUCUCAAUUUGAGCUCUAAUGAAUUUCAUGGGAAAAUUCCAGCUUGGAUUGGAAGUCUAUUUUCUCUUCAGCAAAUAAUUUUUCGUAAUAAUAGUUUUAAAGGUGUUAUUCCUCCAAGUGUAUCAAAUUUGUCAAAGUUAGAGAUGUUGGAUUGGAAUGAUAAUUUCAUCCAUGGAUCUAUUCCACUUGCUAUUGGAAGGCUUCAGCACUUGAAGAUUUUACGCAUAGCAGGGAACAAUCUUUCAGGAAAAAUACCUCCAACUAUUUCUGGCUUAUCCUCACUUGAGCUUAUGUCUUUGUCAUACAACUCUUUAAUAGGAGAUAUUCCCAAUGAAAUUGCCAAUCUUACAAAUCUUAGAAUCAUAUAUUUGGGUCAAAAUCAACUCUUUGACUACAUACCAAGAAGCAUUGGAAGCUUGAUUUCGCUUCAAGAAUUAGAUCUUGGUUCCAAUAAUUUACAAGGUGAUAUACCAGAAGAUAUGGGAAAAUUGGAUAUGCUUCAAGAGCUAUAUCUUGAUCAUAAUAAUUUACAAG